AUGUGUUAUAUAUAAAUUGGCUUAUUGAGUCGUUAAUUUUUAAAUCUUUUAAAUGUCAUCCUUCAUAAUAAAAAAUUUAAUCAAAGUAAAUCCAAUUGACGAUGUGUUAUAAAUAUUGUUCAACAGUCCACAAGGUGAGUAGUCCCUGUAAAAAAAAAAAUCAGAGUCCAUCCUCAUUCACAAUCAUCUUCUUCAUCUUCCCAUUCUUCAUCUUACACCAUAGCUCAAACCCAGAAAUUCAUAUUUUUUCUAUUCCACCUUCAUAUUUUUCCUCAACAACUCAUGCAUUUCUAAAUAAGAAUCCCGGAAACUCAAUCUCCUUAAUCUUCUUUGCCUACAAUAAUCUUCAUCUCCAGAAAAUCAAACCCUCAAACCCAAAAUAGGAGCAAUAAACCCAGAAAAUCAAGAGCUGAAACAAAAAAAUUCCAGGGAUUUGGUGUCAUUUGAAGAUACAACACCAAGCUUGACCCUCAUCGCCCACCCACCGUAGUUCAAGCCACCUUUAACUCUUUCCCUCUAAAAAUUUCAUUAUCUUGACCAUUAAAAGGUAACCACCUAUUGCUUCGUCUCCAUGUCUGAGACAAUUGGUGGAUGAGGCGACUACGGUUGGGGGGAAGAAGCACAAGCCACCUACGUCGCUUGCGGCUUCCACAAUGCGAGUCAAUUUCAAAUAAUGGAUUGGUUGAAGCUGCUAAGAAACUUCCACUGCUAGAGGAACUUCAUGAUAUUCCAUUUGGCAAACUAACUCAGGAUUCUCUAAAAGCAAUAGGCCGAUGUUGCCCGCAUUUGAAAACAUUAAAAUUUAGCAUGAGCCAGUACGACAUGUUCCUUGAUGGGGAUGUUUUUGCUAUUGUAGAAACCAUGCCAAAGCUACGCUAUCUACAGAUUCCAGGAAACUUUCUCACUGAUAAAGGCUUCCAUGAUAUUGUUGAUGGUUGUCGGCUUCUUGAAUUUCUUGACCUGGGAUAUUGUUAUAAUAAUGAUUUGACUGGAAGUUUGAGGAAAAUGUGGAGUGAUUGCAGAUCAAAGAGAUAUGGCUUCGAAUUGAAAUAUAAGAUGUUUUAAUAAUUUCAGGUGAGUAUCUUUCUUCUCACAUUAGUCUGUCAUGUUAGUUGGAUUUGGGUAAAUGAAGAAUAUGAUGUAUAACUUGCAGAGAUUAUUGGGUGUGAACGAUUAUUUUAGUUUUUUUUAGGACAUUUGUUCUUUUUGGAAAUGUUGGUCAUUGGGUACUAUUUUGAACGUCAUGGUUUUGUUUAAGAUACACAAAUGUUAAUUGUCAUGCUAUAAAGGAAUUAUUAUUAU